UGAAGACGUAAUAUACAUUUUCAUUGGGUUGUGUCACUUUGUCUUCAACCUUUUCCAUAUAGUCCGUGCUAAUCUCAACAUAAAUAUAUAAGUACCAGUCGUUCUUCGUGUUUAUUUGUGCAGAAUUUAAAUUUUGACUUCACUAAGGUGAUCUAAGAUGAGUCGCUGGGAAAUACACAUACUGAAAAAUCUGUUAAAAUGUGUUUUUCAUGCAAUGCGAAGAAUUAGUUCUGUUACUUACAAAAAAACCCUGGAAUAAACACAUUUUGUUUUAUUAAUUUCAUAAUUACAUAAUAAGUACAUAUAUUAAAAAGAGCGACCCAUUUAAAUCACAUGUUGAGGUCAUAUUGAUAAUAGAUCUUAACUAUUUACUUCCUGCAUACAAAUUUAUGAGAUGGCACAGGAGUCUGCAACGAGAUGUGAUAUAUGCAGGAAAGACAUUGGAAAAGUAUUUUGCUAUGAAUGUCGCAAUUUUUUAUGUCAAAUAUGUAUUUCGUGGCAUGAUAAAUUCCCCGCAAAUAAACGUCAUACGGUCACAGAUUCGCAUAAUGUCGAUCGAACAACACUUAUGCUCACAUUUGUCUGUGAAGAUCACAAACUCGAAUUAUGUUAUUAUUGUCGAAAGUGUAAAUUUUUAAUAUGUACUCAGUGUGUUACGUCUGUGCACAGCGGUCAUCCAAUUAGGGACAUAACAGAAGUUGCUGCAACAGUACGUGAAGAUGUACAGAAACGUCUUGGAAAUAUCAAAGAACAUAUUGAGAAUCUAUCAGAUUUGAUAGAAGCUUUCAAAACAACGAAACAAACAAAGCUACAAACUGGUACCGAUAACUUCAUUAAAGAAGUUAAUGAAGUGUCUCAAGACAUGAUAAGAAUAAUAGAAUGGGUCACUGAAAGUAACUUGACAUAUGCAUCCGACUUUCUCAUCUUGGAGAAACAACAAUUGGUGUAUAACUUGGCGAAAUUAAAAAAAUCAUUCAGUGAAUAUAAAUCUAUGCACGAAAGGCAUAAGGUGAUUUUGAAAGAAAAACACGAUGUCACAUUUUUUCUUAAACAGAAAUCUCUUGCAAAAGAAUUUGAGUUGCUUGAUGAUAUCAAUCGUCCCGAAGAACCAAAGGAGAUAAAACCUUUUAACAGGAUCCGUUUUGUAAAUGCAGUUAUCGACCAAAUUAAAUGCAAGUAUGGUGAAUGUUCAGGUAAUGAGAGAGAUUACAAACACAGUGGUAGAAAAAGAGAAAGAGAAAGAGAAAAGGAAAGAGGUCGAAGUUAUGGAUGGGAUUCUAGAAGCGAAAGGAGUUCAUCUAGGUCCACAUCAGAUCGGAGCAGAGGUCGAAGAUACAGAUGGGAUUCUGUAAGCGAAAAAAGAUCAUUUAGGUCCAGGUCAGACCGAAGCAGAGGUCGAAGUUACAGAUGGGAUUCUAGAAGCGAAAGGAGUUCAUUUAGGUCCACAUCAGAACGCAGCAGAAGUCGAAGGGGAUGGGACUCUGGUAGCGAAAUAAGUUCAUUUAGGUCAAUGUCAGACCAAAGCAGUUCAAGGAGUGAGAAAGAUUACAGAUAUAUAGAUAAGAGAUAUGAUAGAGAUACAGACAGACACAUAGACAGAAACAGGUACAGAGAUAGGAACAGGAGUCCAUGUAGAAGAGUCAAAGACCGUAAAUGGUGAUGUGCAUUGUAUAAAUACUACAGGUCCUACAUUCUGUUCAUGCUUUGUAUUCAAACUUAAUAAAGAUAGAGUAAAGGAUCGAGACUAGGAUAGGGAUAUGGAUCGGUAUUAAGAAAAAUAACUUGGUCAAAACAAGAAAAUCUAAUUACAGCAAUAGUGUUUAUGGUGUAAACAAUUGUCGUAAUUUCAUUUAAAUGAUUGUGAUUAAGUUUAUGUAACUGUCUUCAACGUCUAGUUUUAGCAAUAAUAAGAUUUCUGGUGAAUUGAUAUGUGUUUAACAAAUAGUAUUGAAAAAUCUUUCAUUUGUAUUAUUAUGUUUAUAAUA